AAAUUAUAAAGCUCCUAGAAGAAAACAGGAAAAAAAAACUUUUGAAACCUUGGAUUAGACAAAGAUUUCUUAGCUAUCACAACAAAAGCACAAUUCUCAUAAGCAAAAUUUGGUAAAUUGGACUUCAUCAUAUUAAAAAGCAUGUGCUCUUCAAAAGACAAUGUUAAGAGAAUGAACACAGAAGGCACAGGCUGGGAGAAAAUAUUUGUAAGUGGCAUAUCUAAUGAAGAUUUGAAUACAGGAUACAUAUAGAACUCUCAAAACAACAAUGUAAAGGUCAACAACCUGAUUUAAAAUGGAAAAAAAUAUCUGAAGAGACACUUCACUAAAAAAGAUAAAUGUAUGACAAAUAAGCAACAAAAAAGGUGUUCAGGGACAUAUGAGUUUUAUCUGUUUCUUAAUAGUAGGAAGUAAAAUCAGUCAAAUGCAUUUUCUGUGUCUAUGUGUGUUCUGUGUUCCCUAAUUUAUGAAGUUAGGGAAUUGCAAAUUAAAACCACAAUCACACCUAUUAGCAUGGCUGAAGUAAAAAAGAAAACCAACAAAUAAAGAACCCAGAACAAAACAAAACCUGACAAUACUGAGCGUAAAUGGGUUUGAAAAGCAACUUAAUCUCUCAUAUAUUGCUGGUGGGAAUACAGAAUGUUAGCCACUUGGGAAAGCAUUUUUGGCAUCUUACAAGUUUCUUUUAUCCAGCUUUACACACUAUAGUUCCUCCUCCCCUGAGAUGACCACUAUUCUGAAUUCUGUAAGCAUUUAGCUUUGCCUAUUUUUAACACUGAUAUAAAGUGGAAUCCUAAAGUAUAUACAAAUUUUGUGCCUCACAACUUCUAUUCAAUGUAACAUCUGUAGCAUUCCUCCACAUUGCUGUGUGUACUAAUACAGAAUUCCAUUGUAUGACUAUGCGAUAAUUUAUUUAUCCAUUUGCCUAAUCUAGUAAAAUAUAAAAAGAAUAAUAUGCCAUGAUUCAAUGAAAUUAUCCCAGCAAUGCAAGGUUGUUUUAUGAAUCAAAAUCAAUUAUAAUUUACUGUACUAACUAAAAGGAACUGUAGCAGACAAAAUGGCAAUCCCCCAAAGAUGUGUGUGUCCUAAUUCCCAGAACCUGAAAAUAUAAAGCAAGAAGUAUUGCGGGAUCUGGCCAGCAGCCGGCAAUGCAACGGGGCUCUCUCUUUGUUCCCAGGCAGAUCAGCAGGUCAAGAAAUAAUAGACACACACAAGAUAGUGAAAGCUGGGUCCGGGGGGUCACCGCCUUCUGGUCCCACGGUGCCAACAAUGCACUGGAUAUACCAGCAUUUAUUAUUAAGUUUAGUGAGGGCAGGGGUAGGUUAGUGAGGGAUUUAAGGUCAUUUGAUUAUGAGGUGAGAUGGUCACAUGGGGAUUAAGUAAUUCUUUAACAUAACAUCUGUAUGCAGAAGUACAGUAUGCAGAGAAAAGAAUUUACAAUAUAGUGUGUGCAUCAGUAAUUUCUAACAGAGCCUUAAAACAGAAACAGUCUUUCCAUAACCUAUGAUUAGCAAGAUAUUAAUCAGCAGUAACAGUUGCAGCAAAAACUGGUUACAAACAAUCCAUAGAAACAGGACGUGAAGCUAGACAACUGGUUAGACCAGAAAUUCUCAGAAGGGAGUAUGCCUUAACCCUAAAGAGGCCUAGAAGAGCCGUGGCAAGAUGAGGGCAUUUAUAGCCCUAUCUUAUCCAUAUGGACAGGCGCCCUUCAUGCGUUCAUUUAUAGGCUCUCCACGAGGGUCGCAUUCCAUUCCCAGAGCUAUGAACAUCAGCUUUUCUGGGAUAGGAAUCUCGGUGAUGUGAAACCUCCCUGACUGCACAUCCGUUCAUAGGCUCUCUGCAGGGGGAAGCACAUCACGUGCUGUUGGCUCUUUGUGGCAUUCCAACCUGGCAUUGUCUUUAUACAAUCCUGCAUGCAAUUUUGUAUUUACAAUAAUCAGGAGUAUUUCAUCUUUUAUUCCAUAGCAAUAGUUUCAGGGGGUCUCCCUACAAAGAAGGAAUUAAAGCUGCAGACAGAACUAAAGUUGCUAAUCAGUUGCACUGAAAAUAUGAAGAUUAUCAUCAAUUAUCUAAUCAUAUGAACUCUUAAAAGUGGAAGAUGAAGGGAGAGAGGAUUAGAAAGAAGCCACAUGAGAAAAAUUUGACACCCACUAUUGCUGACUUUGAAGGGGAAGAAGGUGGCAAUGAGCCAGUAAAUAUGGCGUCCUCUACAAGCUGGGAAUGGCCCUCAUAUUACAGAGCAAGAACACAGUACCUCAAUCCUACAACCACAAGGAACUGAAUUCUGCCAAUAGUCUAAAUGAACGGGAAAGAAAUUAUUUCAUAGAAUCUCCAGAAAGGAACAUAGCCUCCCAAUACUAUGACUUUGGUCUAGUAUGACCCAUAUGGAACUUCUGACCUACAAAACAAUAAGAUGAUAAAUUUGUGUUGUUUUAAACCACUAAAUUUGUGGUAAUUCGUUAAGACAGCAACAAAAAGCUAACGCAAAGAGAAAAUCCAUAGGACCAUAUUCAAUAGACACAGAAAAUGCAUUUGACUGAUUUCAUUUCCUAUUAAGAAAUAGAUAAAAUUCAUGGAGGGUAUCUUGUAAUUUGGAGGAAAGAUAUAUCACAUUUAGUUGUACUGGUAGGACACUUUUACUGAAUGGCCUGUAUGGAUGUUUCGGAAAUAUGCAUGCUACUCUGCUCAUCAGGACUUACAUAACCUAGUCAACCCAACUGCGUUGAAAGUAUCUAUGGCAAACAAGUGAUCAAGGUACACAUCAUCAAUAACAAAAUAUACUACAUCAUGAACACCUUGAUAUGAUAAACUAACACACAAAAUCUUUGCUGUAGUAUACCUGGCAAAAAUAACUGAUUACAUGAGAAAACAUCAGAGGAAAGCAAAUCUAGGGACAUUUAAAAAAAUUGUUGACCAAUAAUUUUCAAAAGUGUCAUAGCUGAGGGUUUGCGAAGGAACAUGGAAGGACAGAGAGCAUGGGACAAGGAAUAGAUAUACCAGGCUGACUAAUCAGCUUUAAAGAACUUACAGGCUUUGCUCUCCAAGCACAUGGGCUUGGACCUCACCAAAAAAAUCCUCACUCCCCAACCGCCUAGAAAGACUUUGCCCCACCCCUACGGUGCGACCCUGCCUCCUUGACCAGUUAAGCCAGCCACCACAUUUCCCACCACCUGUUCCGCUGGGUGCCCCGGGACCCCCUGGCGCACUAAUGACCUCCAGGCCUUCUGGGCAGAGCUUGCCAAAGCGCCUGGGCCCUCCCCAUGGCUCCGCCCACAUCCCGGCUUCUCCUCCCGCGACAUGCACUUCCCGCGACGCCUCGGUGCAGCCCCCGGCGAAGCCCAGCGCAGCUCAGCUAAACUCAGCGGAGCCAGCGCGGCGCGAUGGAAGGUCGGGUGCAGCUGACGAAGGCCCUCCUGGCUCGGCCCCUCCGGCCCGCGGCGCGUCGCUGGAGGAACCCGAUUCCCUUUCCCGAGACGUUUGAUGGCGAUACCGACCGGCUCCCGGAGUUCAUCGUGCAGACGGGCUCCUACAUGUUCGUGGACGAGAACACAUUCUCCAACGACGCCCUGAAGGUGACGUUCCUCAUCACCCGCCUCACGGGGCCCGCCCUGCAGUGGGUGAUCCCCUACAUCAAGAAGGAGAGCCCCCUCCUCAGUGAUUACCGGGGCUUCCUGGCUGAGAUGAAGCGGGUCUUUGGAUGGGAGGAGGACGAGGACUUCUAGGCCGGGAGACCCUCGGGCCUGGGGGCGGGUGCUCUGGGGAGGGUCCGCUGUGUUACUGGCCGCCGCCAGGGUCGCCACCGGCGCCCUCCCUCUGCGCCUCCCUCCCCCUCGAGCCGCCGCGAUGUCCCCUGCGCUCCUGUCCCCUCCCGCGUAGUGCUUGCCUUUGUUCCAGGAAUAGCGCUCCAGGCUCCUGCUGCCGCCCCUGGGCCUCACUCUGGAGCGGGCUGCCUCCGCCCUCUCGUGCCAGCCCAGCCCCUCCCAUGCACAUUUGGACGCUGUCCUGCGCUCCAGUUGCACAAAGCUGAGCUCCUGUUACACACUGACAGACCACUGACAGCCGCCGCUGCCAACCCCCCUCCUCCUCACCAGACUUCCAGACGACUACAUCAUGCUGCCCACAGACCUGCGCUGCCACUGCCAUCGCCAUCCAUCGCAUUCCACCGACAGACUGCUGCUUCUAGUGAUCUGCUUCUAGUGAUCCUCAUCUGUACCUCGGAGGUAUCUGGGCUGGACACAGCCCCUGGACAAUGAUCCAGACAGCUGGCUGCCCCUCAAGGGACCUGUUACCUUCAGCGAGACCCAUUUCCUCCCCAAUCCCAGAGACUUUUUGUGCUCCUGCCACAUGGCUGCCAGGGCUCAGUUGUGCCUGGCAGCCAAAUCGAGUCUCUCAUUGUCUCUUGUAGACCAGUUAGUUUUGCCCAGAAUCCAUUUCUCUUCUGAAUUUGCAGCAUUUUCUCAGGUGCUUUUUGAUCAACAAAAUAACUUGUAUCUUCUGCUUAACUCCUUUAUACUACCUGGAGAAAAGUAUUUUCCAUAUUUUCAAUAAAUGUCAGACACUAUUGAGAAAGAAAUAGAGUCUGAAUGAAUAUGGCACCUUUCCCUCCCUGGUCCUGUAAAUGUGGUCCAUAUUUGUUCAGAAGCGAUAUCCCCUGCCAUUCAGUGACUGAUGUUGACUCCUGCAUUAUAUAACAACUAAGAUAGAGUCCUGUGGUAACCUGGGGGAUAGCGUCCCCACUGGUGAUCCUUCUGUCCCAGAUGUUGAAUCCUCUAAACCAGUUAGGAUUACCCCAAGCCUCUUAGUAAAUGAAUCGUUACCUCAUUUUGGUCAACACUAUGUGAGAAGUCAGCCAGCAGGCUCUUGGAAAAGGUAUCCUCAUUUCCAGAAAGUGGUUUGAAAACACAAUUCCCAAAUUGUUACAAACCAUAAAUCCCACACAGAUUAUUGGUGAACAGCUGUAAAAUUUUACUUAACCCAUGAUUCAGGGAACCAACAGAAUUAUAUAGGUGCUUUUCAAAAGCAUUUAUAAAUUCUUGAUUAUGUAGGUAGUGGGGGGAAAUGCAGAAAUGAGAUCAUUAAUUUAGAUACAAACCUGGUUGAUGACCAGGGGGUUUUAUUUUGCAGAAGAAUUGGGUAUUUGGUAUCAUUUUAUUCAAUUACAUGUGAUCCUGGUACAUUUCAUAAGCUUGGGUAAAAAAAUUUUUUGUUAUUUUCCAUGCACAAUAAGGGAAAUGUUUUAAUUGGCUUUGUGCCUCCUGCUUUACAACAGUUCUGGCCUCAAGUUACCAGGUAGCCUGAACUUUGAUUUUAUUUUACCAUUAAAUUGCUUUAAUACCAUUGUA